AUGAAACAACUUUGCGACGGUCAGACGAGAUUUAGGGUCUUAAAAUCCACAGAAUCAAAGUCUGCAUACGAUGCGUCUUGCUCUGUUGGGUUAUCUGUACUCGGUCCAUCCUCUGAAUCUUCAAAAUUAGCGUCAAAUAUUCAAAAUAUAUGUACUGAUACCAACAGUGGAGGCCCAGGAAAGGUGGUAGGGAGCAUGAUGGUACUUAAUUCAUCUACAAGUUUAAGUCCAGUUAUGCCGACAGCUAUGAAGCCAAAAAGACACAGACGCUCCUCUAAACAUCAAAUGGCAGCAUGUUGCAAUUGCAAGAGGCGAAGGAAGAAGUGUGACGGUAAAUAUCCGAUUUGCUCAGGCUGCAAAAGGCUAGGCUUGGAGUGUACAAUAAUAUAUGCACCUACUGGUAGGGAAAUUAAACGGAAUUAUAUUGAUUUGCUAGAGGGCAAGUUAACAAAACUGGAAAAUUUAUUGAGGGAAAAGUCCAGAAGUGAUGCCUCAUCUAUUUGUAAGGAUGAUUUGACUACUGAGCAUUCGGAUGGCGCAACAAUGAAAGGUGAUGAAAAUAACCUUAUGGGGAUGUCGAUUCCGUCCGUAAAGAUGAAUUCUUUAUCAUUCUCUAAAACCGAGCUGACAUCACCUAUGUCAAUUACGGGAUCAAGCAGCAGCGUUGAAGCGAGCAAGAAUAACAAUGAUUUCCUUGAGCAAGUUGGAAUGAUAACUGUGGGUUCAGAGGAAGAUCCUAGAUACGUAGGUGAAACCAGUGCUUAUUCGAUCGCACGAGCAAUAUCCAAGUCAAUAUACUUCUUCGAUGAUAUUGGCUUCUAUCAAAGCGAGAACAAACUCCCUAAAGAUAUACAUAUUCAAAAUCCGACAUCAAAGACUCCUUUUUUAAUGCCAUCAGCCACUGCCGCAAAUGCCUAUCUCAAGGCUUAUAAAAAUACAAUUCAAUGUCAAUACCCAUACCUGGACUGGGAUGAGGUCCUGAAAUGGUUUGACAAUGUCAUCAAGAAUGGUGAUAAAUCGAAGAGUAAGACAGCCAAGUUCUUUAUCUAUAUGAUCUUUGCUAUAGGUUCUCAACUGCUGAAUCCGCUUUCAGGGCAUACAAAAAUGAUGAGAAUGUAUUAUGAUAAAGCAUUUGAAAAUCUUGACCACAUGAUUCACCACAACACCAUUCACACCAUUCAAGCUUACCUCAUGCUAACUCAAUUCGCUCAGGGAAUGCCUGCUGGAGCAUCUGUUUGGGAAGCAACUGGAAUGGCUAUUCGUUCUGCAGUUGCCCUUGGUCUUCAUCGUGGUCAGACUACAGAUAUCAUUUCCAGGCAAGAACUGUCUUCGGAAGAAAUUACGAAAAGGGAAGAACUGAGAGCUCGUGUGUUCUGGUCAGCCUACGGAAUCGAAAGAGUUAACGGGCUAAUUCUAGGACGCCCUUUUAGUAUAUCUGACGUCGAUAUUGAUCUUCCGAUGCCAGAAGAGACGCCAGAAACACAAAUUGGAUGCCAGGUUAUUAAGCUUCGCAGAAUUCAAUCCAGUAUUUCCACAUUUAUAUAUAAACCAGAACGUUUGAUUGGAACGAAGGAGGAAUUGGAAUGUACUCGUGUUCAAAUUGUUUUGGAGUUGAACGAUUGGGUAAAGAAUUUUUCUUAUGAGAAGCGGGCUAGAAGUGCAUUCCAAUCCAAUAACUGGGCUAUAAUUUCAUACCAUAACUCUAUGACCGUUCUUCUAAGACCGAUCAUAAUUAAGAUAUCAAAAACUGGGGUUCAGUCAAGCUCAAAUGACUUGGAAUGGUUCCGUACAUUUGCUAGAAGUACGGCUGCAAUUUGUUUAAACUACAAGAAGUUAUAUGAAAAGGGACUUUUCCGAUUUAUGUGGAUGAGUGUUCACUGUUGUUUCGUUGCCGGCAUUUCAUUUAUUUACUCAAUUUGGCUCGAUAGGAAACUUCACGUCCUAAAAUGGGAAAAAUGUAAUAUUAUAAAUAGGACUAUUGGUGCGUGCAGCGAUAUUCUUCACGUUGCUGCGGACCAUUGGAAGAGUGCGGAAGUUUUUGAAGAAACAUUUCAAAGGUUAGUGAAUGUCGUUAAAAAUUCAUUUGGAGAUAACGGGAUGACACCACCUUCUGAGAAAGAUGACAAUACAAACGAAAAUUUUAAUUUUGGAUACGGUUUGAAUACUAUGGUUAGCGAUUUGAAGGAACCCCAAAAUUCAGUGAUGAUAAAACACGAAACUCACGUUUAUUCUUUGGAUACCAUGAAAGUUGACGAAGGCACUGAAGGUACUGGUCCCGAUUUUGAUUCUGCAAAUUUCAAUAUUGAUAGCACAGCCUUCAAAUGCGAUGAUAUACCUACCGUCAGCCAAAAUAACUUCAGUGAUGUACCACUAGACGGGCUCUUAAAGUAUUUUGAGAUAUCUGGUGGUUCAUUUAUUCAAAAUGUAUUCAAUGAAUUAAAGCAGGAGUCUCUCAAUAAAUAG